CUUAAAGAGGGAAACAGAAAGAGAGAGGAGAAAGAUUUUAAAACAAACAAACAAAAUCUCACAAGAGGGAGCUUUGGAAGCAUGUAUAACCACCGUGUGCCGUGCUCCCCCCGCUAUCCUUCUAGUUACCCUCCAAGUUCGGGUACAAGCUAUUCUGGAAGAGAAUCUGAAGUGUCGGACGUAAUGGCCGGACGGAGGCCCUGAGUCGUCGGUCCCGAAAUGUCCGGGGGCCGCAGCGAGUCGGUGCCGGGCGGGCGAUUCGACUUCGACGACGGAGGGACCUACUGCGGGGGAUGGGAGGAUGGCAAAGCGCACGGGCACGGGGUCUGCACUGGGCCCAAGAGCCAGGGCGAGUACAGCGGAUCCUGGCACUUCGGCUUCGAGGUCUCCGGCGUGUACACGUGGCCGAGUGGCAGCACUUACGAGGGCCAGUGGCAGAACGGCAAGAGACACGGUUUGGGCGUGGAGACCAGAGGUCGUUGGACGUACCGUGGCGAAUGGACACAGGGCUUCAAAGGCCGCUACGGGGUGAGGCAGAGUGUUAGCUCAGGAGCCAAGUACGAGGGCACCUGGGCCAAUGGGCUGCAAGACGGAUACGGAUCCGAGACGUACGCAGACGGAGGCACUUUCCAGGGCCAGUGGAUGCGGGGUAUGCGGCACGGGUACGGCGCCCGGACGAGCGCGACUUUCGGGCUGGCCUCGCACUACCGUCCGAAGAGCGUGCGCGGAUCCCUUUCCUCGAUUCCUGCGAGCGAGCAGGCCGACCCGGCCAGCGAUCGAGAUCGAAAAAUCGACGACUUCCGAGGCGGAUUCGUGCUCAAGUCCCGCAGCGACGAACCGCCCGCCCGGAGAAGGUCCCUAGUCGAAAAGUCCACCAACCUCAAGAAAUCCAUUCUACAGGGCUUGAAAAUCAAGAAGCAGCGCAGCACCGGGGAUAUUGAUCGGCGAGGGGUGAGCUCGAUCCGAAGCUCGGGUUCGAAUCUCAGUUCAGCGAGCUCCGAGUCGAGUCACUCCGGGGUAGCUCACUCCCAGGGCGGCUCCAUUCACACUGACAGCAACGUCAGCUUCGUCAGCCAGGACGAAUUGUGCGAUGCAGCAGUCACGGAGACGUACCUGGGGGAGUGGAAGAACGACAGAAGGUGCGGAUUCGGUGUGGCCGAGAGAUCGGACGGACUCAAAUACGAAGGAGAAUGGUACAACAACAAAAAAUAUGGCUACGGAGUCACUACGCUAAAGGAUGGAACGCGAGAGGAGGGCAAGUACAAAAACAACGUUCUAGUGUCUUCCGGCAAGAAAAAACACCUGUUCAUGCUGCGGUCGGCCAAGUUCAAGGAAAGGAUAGACGCUUCUGUAAACGCUGCUCACAGGGCUUCACAGAUAGCUCUUCAAAAAGCCGAUAUCGCUAUAUCGAGAACAGUUACAGCUCGCGGAAAAGCAGAACAAGCGGACAUAGGAGCCAUGCACGCACAAGAGGAUUCCAAUAUUGCUCGAAUCAUUGCCAAGCAGUUCGAUCCAGAUGCAAAAAUGCCAGAUAUGGUGCGGAAUAAGUUUCCAGACAGGCUAAAUACAACAUCGUCUGCGAGAGUUCCAUUCUCCAAUCUCAGUAAUCAAACACUAUCCCCCCAGAGUCCGGACAGCUCAAGGACCGAAUCACCGUUGGACACAUCAAGACGGAACCUUUCGAUUAGGAACCUUAACACACCCACCCAGCAGCCAAGGUAUAGCGUUACCCCUGUUCCCGGAAUUCCACAACAGCCUCAACUCAGGACUGAUCCAUAUGCCUCACAGAAUACUCCCCAGCAAGAUAGGUACAUGAACAAAAUUCCCGCAAGCCAGCCUCAGUAUUCAACCUCCGUCACAUCGAACCAGACCUCGUAUUCAAAUCCUCAGCAUGCCGUGGUUCAAAAACAAGACCCCCGGUUCAUGCCUCAACAGCUAAUGCCCCAAGAAAGGUACCCCGGACCACAACAGACGCCAAAACAAACUCCUUAUGCCGUUCAAAACCAAGGAUACAACGCAUAUCCUGCAAAAGGGAACCCCGAAGUCCCGCAACCAAUGCUUCAGCCGCAAUACCAGAUGCAGAAGGUGAAUUCAAAUUAUUUAGGUCCUUCUAUGGCUCCUGGUAUGGGGCAACAAGAUCCACCUGUAGUGCCUAACCGUCAAGGUUCUUUCCGUCGCAGACCCAGCGCAAGGGACUCCAGUGGUUAUUCGAUGCAACAAGCGAUGACCGAUCAUUUCGAUCACUACCGUCAGGAACCGCGCCAGAGGAAUGUCAUCAAGCAUGGCAGACGGAUACCAUCUCCUGCUCGGAGUGGAUUAAGCAGAGAGAUGACCCCGAUGGGUGGUUUGUACAACCAGCAAUACCACCCAUCCCCUCGGACCAGCUACGGCCCCGAUGCCACCCCCGAUUCCGGGGUGUCCGAGAGCAUGGAUGGCGAUGAGCUGUCACCUGCGAGGUAUGCUCGGAAAGCUCACUUGCCGCCCAUGAUCUACGCCGAUAGCCACGCAUCCAGCCUGCUUAGUUUUGCUCCCAGCGAGGAGGAUGGUCGAACUAUGAGCCCGACCAUGAGCAGCAUGGGCAUCGACAGUGAAAUCGGUUCCGAAGCUUCUUCUGGAAGCAAUGCAUUUCCUCGGACAGCUUCUCUGUAUGUGAAUCCGCCGAGCCGCCGGAAGCAGGAAGUGUCUUCCGGCGGUGGUGAUCUCGCGCUGAAGAGGAAAAAAAGUAUGCCCCAUGGGCCUAAGGAUUUACCAACGCAGCCGAAAACUAUUCCUAGGGAGGAAGUGGCGUAUUUAAGUUCUCAAAGGAGGGAAGAGGUGCGAAGGAUGCAUUACGAAGCCGAGAGGUUGAGGUCCAAUCCACUAUUAUAUCUUGUUAGACCAGAUUUAAAGGACUGGUUCUCCAGGCAGCAAAUGAUCUUACUGGUCCUCAUCAUCAACAUUAGUCUGGCGAUCAUGUUUUACAAGCUUCUCUCAUAGGCACAAAGACCUCGUUGGAACAACUGAAAAAUCGAUCAAAUUUCUUCGCGAUCAACAGCUCCGUUGAUGCGCCAACUUGUGUAGUUGGUCCAGACCACUCCUGCAGUGUGCUGAAGAAGGUAGCUGUGGACCAGCCAUGCUUUUCAGUGAAGAUUAGGCAGAAAAGCCUUCGAAGUGAUAUGAAAGCAAAAUCAAUUUUUUAAUCUUCAGAAGAUGGGAAGAUGUGAUCUGUGGUUAAUUUGUUUACACUGUGUGCAUUUCUUCACCGAUCACGCAUUUUCUGCGCACUGACUCAAGGGUUUUGUUUUAUAAUGAAAUGUUUAUUACUCUGUGUAGUGAUGCACCGCGGAACAGUUGAAUACAGUAGAACCCCGUAUAACCCCACCAUGGUACACCGCGGAAUCAUGCUACCAUGUCUCCUGUUACUUUUAGAAACGUAUUUAAAAUUUUUGUUAUAUUUUGUGUCCGAAAUAUAUAUAGAGUCUAACCUCCAGCUUCCCCUUUCAUGCGAUUUAUUUAUGCAUUACAAACUCUUUGCAUCACACAGAAAUGCCAUAACCGGUCCUUCAUUUUGAGUAGGCUGUUCUGUUAUUACCUUCACAUAUUAGCUGUUCCUUUAUGAAUAUAUUUAUUUUAUUUAAAUGCUGUUUAUUAAAUUCUUUUACCUUGUAAUAUGUGAUGUUAAUUUUCAUUACAUUUAUUUUAACUUUGGUUAUCAGUAUCACUGUCCUUUUGUACAUUUGUGCUGUUAAAAUUACGAUUGGUUUCAAUUUACUGCGGUUUUGUUAUAUAAUACGGAUGCAAAAUACGUCUCCCAUACCUCUCUUAUAAGGGGGUCAUACUGUAUUCUAAAAUUACUUAUCGUCCCGAAUACUGACGACACUCAUCUCAGACCAAAACGAAAACAAAAAAGUCCUUUUGAUACAUUUCUAGACGUUCGCGAAUGCUUUCGAGUGGAAGCAUCCUUUCCCAAAACCGGUGCAUCACUAAUUCUUACCCUCGUCUUUCUUCCUUGGUUAACUAGUACCGGCGUGAGGUGCGAAGUUAAGCCAAAAUAUUUCGAUAGCAUUUUGCAUUAGGGGCCGUCCACAAAUGUCAUGCUUUGAGGAGGAGGAGAGGGUUUGUGGAAUUGUAACAAGGGGAGGGAGAGGGUAACAAGAACUGUGACAACAAACAUUUUGGUUGAAAUAAAAGCAUUUUUUAUAGCAAUAUGUUUAUGUGAUAUAGCAUGACAUAUGACUAGGGAAGAGAAUAAUGUGAAGUGUGACAUCAUUUGUGGACGGCCCCUUAUAUACUAUCUCGUUUUUGUAUAGGUCCACGUUAUUGGCCGCAAAACUAAGUCCUCAUCAUAAGGUUCGAGCAAAUCAAAAUGGUUUUCGCUUUCAGAAGUUUAGCAUAUUCAUAGCGCAGCUUUUGAAUUAUAUUUGCAAAGAAUCAAAUCUCUUGAACCCGAACUGUCCAGCAUAAAAUAUUUAUUUAUGUAAGCUCCCACGAGAACUUUGUAAGUGGCUUGCUGUAUUUUUACCACUAUCCGCCCACUCUUAGCAUGCCAGAAAAUUUUGUGCACAGCAGACCUCUCAGAAACAGAAAGCAGGUUUGGCCAUUGCUAAAGGCAUUACCUUUUUGUAUGAUGCUUCUAUAAAAAAAAAACUUCCUCCAUUCAUGUUAAUAUUUGAUUUUCUACAGACAAAAAUGCUCUUUUAUGUCAAAACAUUACUUUUUGGAAUGCAAUUUAGAGAAAAUAUUUGUUUGACUUUGAAAACGCACUUUUUUCUAGUAUUUUGCUAUGACAUGUAUGGCACUAGCAAUAUCAUCUGUUAUAUUUUCUAAUAUCAUUUUUAAAAAAAUAGAACACGUGUUGCAUGCAAGAAUACUUAAUUUACUUAUAGGUUCUGCAGUUGGAAUCCACCUCAUGUAUGAGGUUGAGGCUAUAUUGGGUCAAAUUUACAAAUAUUUUAAGGAAGAAUCAUGACAAUACAAAAAACUAGUUUAUUAAUAGAAAAAAGCACCAGCAACAAAUUGCAAAAUUUUCAAAAGAAAAAACUAUAAUGACACAAAAAAAUAAAUCCUACGUUAAAGAAAACACAGAUCCCAGAAAAAUAAUUCACUGAAUGCUUUUGAGUUCUAUAAAAACAAAAAAAUAAUAAUAAUAUUCUUUGAUAUGAUAUGGAAUUAAGCAUUGAUUCAAAUAUUACUUUCGAUUGACCAAUUUUUUUGGUUAAUGCUCUUAGCAACAUGUUAAAUUGAACUUAGUAUUAGUGGACUUUUCAAUAUUUUAAUUUUAAAGCUAAACUAAAAGUAUACUUCAUACUCUUUGUAAAAAAAGGGCUUCACAGUACUUUUAAAGGUGUUUUACAGACGUAACAAGACUUUUCUUUUUCGAUGCUAACUAUUUAAAAAAAUGCUUUAGAUAAUGUUA